AUGCACUUCAGCAAGGCGAUCCAGACGACCAGGCAGAUUGGACGCGGCCUGCUGCUGGCGAGGAAGCAGAGCAAUGGGCCAAUGGGCCUGCGGCCGGGCGCACAGCAGCCAGACGCUGCGGGGGAGCAGGUGCACAGCGCAGGAAGUGUGGUGAACACGAUGUUCAAUAAACACUCAACGACGGUGACGUACACUUGGCCCGGGCGGGAGGAGCCUCAGACCGUGGCGUUUAGCAAUGUGUUCCUGCGGGACGCGUCGCGCUCGCCGGCGUCAGUGGACGCGGUGUCGAGCCAGAAGCUGUUCACGACGGGCGCCGUGCUGGCGAACGAGCAGGCAACGGUGCCGCACAGCGUGGCGGUGACGGCGGACGGGCGGGCGAUCGAGAUCGGGUGGGGCGACGGGGACAUGUACGCGUACCCGCUGGAGUUCAUCCACCAGCACAGCGGCACGGAGCCGCUGCAGCGCACGCCGCGGCAGCCGCCGGUGCUGUGGGACAAGCAGCUGCUCAAGACGAACAUUGCGGACUUGCUGUCGAUUGACUACGAGUCGUUCAUGGCGCCGGACUGCGACGGGAAGCUGUACCAGACACUGGUGAACCUGCAGAAGUACGGGAUCUCGUUCAUCACCAACAUCCCGGACGAGACAACCUCCGAGCUGGACUCCUGGUAUGUGAAAACGAUUGCCGAGCGCAUCGGCAACAUCCGCCACACGUUCUACGGCGAGCUGUUUGACGUGAUCAACAAGGCGGGCGCCGAGAACAUUGCCUACACGAAUGUGCCCCUACCGCUCCACAUGGACCUGCUGUAUCUGGAGACCGUGCCGGGCUGGCAGCUGUUGCACGCCAUCCGCAACUCCACCGGAGCUACCGAUCUGGGGAUGAACUACUUUGCGGAUGCGUUCCAUGCCGCGCGGUACGUGCGGGAGACGGACAGUGACGCAUAUGAUGCGCUCACCCAUAUGCCGGUCAACUACGGGUACAACCGCGACGACAAGCGGUACUACCGGUCGCGGCCUGUCAUCGAGGAGCAUGAGUUCGGCGAAGGGACGUCGUUGAGCUCGCAGUUCAACCGUUUGAUCAAGUGCGUCAAUUACUCCCCGCCCUUCCAGAAGCCGUUCACCUAUGGAAUUUGGGAGAAGCCAAAGGGCGCGGAGGUAUCGACCCCGCAAGGGAAGCUGACGGAACGCUUUGUCUUCAGGGACUUCCAGCGCGGCCUGCGGCUCUUCGAGCAGUACAUCAACAACCCAGAGAACCAGUUCCGUGUCAAGCUUCCGGAGGGUACCUGUGUCAUUUUUAAUAAUCGACGCAUUUUGCAUGCUCGCACAGGCUUUACCGGCGAGCGCUGGUUAAAGGGCUGCUAUUUGGACAGUGAUUCGGUACUCUCUAAGCUACAAUACCUGGAGGAGAAGUACGGUGGGUGA